AUGCUGCUCGCUGCCCGACUGGGCAGUGCGGCUGGUUUGCUGCAGCCUGCUGGAAAGAAGCACGAGGCUUUGGGGGCCCUGAUUGGCUGGCCGGCCGGCCUGUGUGGGGGUGGAGCUUCAGCUGUUUGGCUUGCUCCGACGCCAGCGGCCUCAGUUUGCUCCGAGAAGGCAUUGGAGCAGGUCGUGUGGCCGAAGCUCUUAAGCUUCUGGCCUGUGGCUUCCCCAGGCCCUGAGAGACUUUGCAGCUUUGAGGGGCCCGGCAGAGGGUUGCCUUUUUAUCCAUGGCGAUGGCCGCCCUCUUUCUCAGUAUCAGUUCUGGGUGGUGGUGCAACGAGCCUUGACAGCAGCUGGGGUCCCCACCGAGCGGUUGUGGCGCCACUCCUUUCACAUUGGAGAUGCUUCUGUGGCCUCCAGGCUGGGUUUUUCAGCACAGAAAUAUUAUCAGAAAGGAAGAGAAAAGAAAGAAGAAACAACAACAACAACAACAACAACAACACUGUUCCUCAUGUCCAUGUGGGUGGUUCUGAUCUGUCUGCAGAUCUCCAAACCCUAGGUGAGGCCAUGGGGAAAUGCUCAAGCUCAUCCCUCGGUGAUUCAGCAGCUAUGGCAGGGGAUGAAGACAUGGCAAAAUUUUCAGCAUCCUUGUCUGCCACAUAUCCACAAGUUGUGAACAAGGAUGAGUGGCAAGAAGAACUUUGCGAGUUUUACAAAAAUCAGGAGAGACUCAAAUCUGUGCCCCUCUGGAGGAGCCAUAGCUACUGCACUUGGGCUUCUAAACCGGAUUCAUGGCAAAGAAACUGUGCUCCCUCAGAGAUGCAUUUACACUUGAGAAUACUCAUCGCCUUGGCAGGCUCCAUUGCAUCUAGAGAAUGCAUUUUUAGUAAGUUUUCCAGGUUACUAAGGUUAUUAAGAACUACCUGCAGUCAGGAGCUGGGGAGCUUAGGUUGAACCAUUUGAUAAUGCUCUUAGCUGAGUACACACAUGCAAAUCAAAUAAAUUAUGAUGAUGUAAUUGAUGACUUUGCAUCCAUGAUGGCAAGAAAGGAAUGCUUUGCUUAGACCAUGUUAUGUAAACUGUACAGUCCAGUUCACUGGCAAAAUAGAACUGAUCUCUCUACUUCUGUUCUCCCCCCAUUUCUUUCCUAACUUUGUAAUAUAAGUUCAAUAAAUGUUUUGCUUGAAAACUGUUAAUAUCAUUUCGCUUUAGUAGUUUGACUGAGGCAAACUCCUUCUGUCUAGCUAUCCUUGCCAUGGGAGUGAGCAGGGAAAG